GGCGCGGAACGGGCGCUGCGCAGACGGAACGAGCGGGCGGUACCGGGAAUACCGGCGGCUGUAUCGCGGCCCAUCCCCGCGGGAGCACCGAGAAACCCCCCGCGGAGCCCCAAUCCACCUUUUCCGAGCGCCCCUUCGGCCGCCGCUGAGCUUUUGUUUCUGUUCGCGCAGCGCCUGAGCGCCCCCGCCCAGCUUUGUUCUUGUUGCGGCCCUUGCGGGGAAGGCGCGGCCAAGAUGGACCCUUGUCACACCGAGGAGACCGAGGGCGAGAUCCCCGGCUUGGGCUUCAGUGACCGAAGCGAGCAGAUUGUUUCACGUGGGGUAGCGUCAGCCUUUGAAGCUGCAACCACAGAAGCAGAGACAGAGCAGAGCCUCACCCCCAAUGUGAUGCUUAACACAGAGAGCAGCGAGGGAUACGUCGUGAAGGUCCGGGGGCUGCCUUGGUCUUGCUCCACCGAGGAGGUGCAGAGAUUCUUCUCCGAUUGCAAAAUUCUGAACGGGGCUCUGGGUAUCCGUUUCAUCUACACCAGGGAGGGCAGACCAAGUGGAGAAGCAUUUGCUGAACUUGAGUCAGAGGAGGACGUGAAAUUGGCCCUGAAAAAAGACAGAGAAACAAUGGGACACAGAUACGUUGAAGUUUUCAAGUCAAACAACGUUGAAAUGGAUUGGGUUCUGAAGCAUACUGGUCCCAACAGCCCUGAUACAGCUAAUGAUGGUUUUGUACGUCUUAGAGGACUCCCAUUUGGCUGUAGUAAAGAAGAAAUUGUACAGUUUUUUUCAGGGUUGGAAAUCGUGCCAAAUGGGAUAACAUUGCCGGUGGACUUCCAGGGGAGGAGUACGGGGGAGGCCUUCGUGCAGUUUGCUUCACAGGAAAUAGCUGAAAAGGCUCUAAAGAAACACAAGGAAAGAAUAGGGCACAGGUACAUUGAGAUCUUCAAGAGCAGCCGAGCAGAGGUGCGCACUCACUACGACCCUCCCCGCAAGCUGCUGGCCAUGCAGAGACCGGGUCCGUACGACAGGCCCGGCCUGACGCGCGGGUACAACAGUCUGGGUAGAGGAAGUAGCUUGGAGAGGAUGAGGCGUGGAGCCUACGGAGGAGGUUAUGGAGGUUAUGAUGACUACAAUGGGUAUAAUGAUGGCUAUGGGUUUGGUUCUGAUAGAUUUGGAAGAGAAUGGACUCUUUUCUCCGCAGGGAUGUCGGACCACAGGUACGGCGACGGAUCGUCCACCUUCCAGAGCACGACUGGCCACUGCGUCCACAUGCGAGGUCUGCCCUACAGAGCCACGGAGAAUGACAUCUACAACUUCUUCUCACCUCUGAACCCUGUAAGAGUACACAUUGAAAUCGGACCAGAUGGCAGAGUAACCGGAGAGGCAGACGUUGAAUUUGCUACUCACGAGGAUGCAGUGGCUGCCAUGUCCAAGGACAAAGCAAAUAUGCAACACAGAUAUGUAGAGCUCUUCCUGAAUUCUACAGCAGGAGGAACUGGUGGUGCCUAUGGCAGUCAGAUGAUGGGAGCAAUGGUCAAGGAGUCGGAAGGGGUAGUCCAAGAUUGGAACACUAGCACAUUGCCAGCACAAGUCUUAAAUGCCUGUUGCUGUUAUGCCUCUAAGACAGAUACCCUCCUGACACCCAGCUGGGCUGGUUACGGAGAUGAAGGGAGCCAAUCCAGUUAUGGUGCUCCAGGCAACCAGCAGCUGAGUGGGGGCUAUGGAGGAGGAUAUGGAGGUCAAAGCAGCAUGAGUGGCUAUGACCCCGGGAGCCAGGGCGCCAUGAACAGCAGCUACUACAGCAGUGGGAACCGCGCAUCCAUGGGAGUGAACGGCAUGGGCGGCAUGUCCAACAUGUCCAACAUGAGUGGUGGCUGGGGAAUGUAACCAAUCGCUGACUUUUGGUCACAUCUUUUUUAAAAAACAAAAAAACAAAAAACUAAGUUUAACAGUUUUGCAAUACGAGCUUGUGAUUUAUGCUUUACUGUAAGUGAAUUCAGGAUUGUUUUAAAACCUUUCAGGUUCAGUAUUUUUGAACAUACAGAAAUGAACAUUCAUCUAGGAUGUAAUAACCAAGUAAAGACUAUAACUGUUAAACAAUUUGGAGCGUUUCUCAAGUUAGUUUUGUUGUAGGAGUGUAUUUAAGCAGUAAGCGUAUUUAGGUUAAAGCUGUUUGAAUUAUGUUAAAUGUUGCUCUUAUACCAUAUUACAUCCAACACUGUUUUGAAUACAUGUUGAAAGAGACAUGCUUUUUUGUAAAGAACCAAUAUAGGAGCUGUGUCUGAAAAUCAAAGUGAACAUUUGGCAUGUUAGUUCUAGUUUAUUUCUUUUAAUAUCCUGUAAGGCAUGUUAAAGCUUUUUUUUUUUUUAAGUUAAUGGGGGAAACAUGUUGAGACGCAAUACGGCUACUUUAGGAUUUUGGUCUUGGUGUUCGUAUAAAAUUCUGAGGCCUUGAUUUAAUCUUUCAUUGUAUUGUGAUUUCCUUUUUAGGUGUAUUGCGCUAAGUGAAACUUGUUAAAUAAAUCUUCCUUUUAAAAACUGGAA